GAUUUUCUCCAAUGACUUUCUCUUGCCCCACAUCCGCCAUAUCAAUCCAAACUGUCAAUGUUCUGUCAUGCCCAAGUUCGUAACUCGGCGCACCACUCUCACUCACACGAUAGGACUCCGUUUUUAGAGGUAGUAAUAAAUCAUCAUGGCGUUAAGCUCUAUCCAUGCAUGCAAUCAUAAAAAACAAACAGAGCGUACAAGUAUACGCUUAAUGCGACGUGAAAACCCUUUCACUUAUCCUCUUCUCCUCCUGCACCAUCCUCCAUCCCCCGUUUCCGUAUGUUUACCCCUGCCCAUCCCAGCCUUUAUGUUAUCCCAAACCCCGAAAAGUCGAAGAAAAAAAGAACCCCCGGCGUUCCAUGGAAUUUUUUUGUGUGCUUCUUCCUCAUCCUCAUUCCCCUCGUUUUCUUUCCUCUCUUGUAGCUGUUUUCAUUGUAUGCAUGUAUGUGUGCUCCUUCUCUCAUCCCUCCUUCUCGCUUUCUCCCAUCGCAAUGCGUGGCAUGAGUUCGUGCAAAAAAAGUAUUCUUUGUCGAGAGAAAGAACAUCAUCUUCUCGAGAGCAUCGUCUUUCCUUCCCAUCGCCCUUUUUCCUUCCUUUAAUAAUCGUCAAAGCAUUAAGGUGUGUCAGAAGGACACUAAUAACAGAGAGAAGAGAACAAAAGAAAGUGACGUUUCCUCGUACCACACAAAGGGAACAACACAAGAAAAUAAUCCGUUAAAAAUAUAACCCUCACAAGUUAUACCCGUGUGAACAAGUACCGACAUGAACCGCCGUAGCGUUUGUUUGUCCUGUCUACCUAUUACUUGUGAGGGGCUCAUUAGAGAGGCGUAUCCUCGUUAAGGGCAUUUCAAUGUAUGUAUGCUCCUUAAGUUCGCCUCUUGGGGUCGUCCAUCUGGCGUGCAAGUCGUGGCCGCACCAGCUCUCCGUGAGCUGCCAUGGAUUCGUCAUCACCACUGCCAUUGGAUUGGCAGGGCUAACGUAACCAGCGUUGUCGAAAGGAAACCCUCCGCCAAGAAGAAGCCUUUUCAGCCGAGUAGUAUCCAGACAAGGUCGAGAAGAUUCGGGUACAGCUAGUGGACUGCAAUAAUGUCGUAGCUCCCCGGGGCCGAUCAUCACCUAUAUUGAGGCGAGCGUACCCUUUAAGCCAUGCGGAUGUAAUCGCAUAAAAACCCUG